AUGUUUGUACUAGAGGGUGCACCUAAGAACCAAGUGAUUGAAGAGAAGCAGUUGUUCCUGAACCUGGUGAUCCCAGGUAUCUCGAACCCGUCUGUUGAAAACUUGAAAGAUGGUGACUGUUCCCUGGUUAUAGACAACAGUACUCAGGAAGAUGAAGGGCUGUACUUUUUUGGGAUUGAAUUUGACCAAAGGAAUCAUUACAACUAUCUCCCUGCUACGCAGCUGCACGAGUCUGAUUUCACAGAUAAACCCACGAUAUUCACUGCUGAAAUUGUUGAAGGAAAGUCUGUGAACAUAAUCUGCAUCUUCAACACCACGUGUGAUGGAACUUCACCCACCUUAACCUGGGUCACCCCCACUGAUGUACCACCAUCAGUCUCAAGCAGUGUAACUCAGUGGCAUAACACUCUGACAUAUACUUCUGUCCUGACCACGACCCCAGCGCUCAAGCACCACGGGCAACGUCUCACCUGCAGAGUCAGAUACCCAUCUGUUUCAUCGAAGCAGACCAUCACACUAACUGUGCAGUACACCCCACAGAAUAUCUCAAUCACUUUUCCCAACAAUGUAAACAAUUCCUGGGUGAAUGAAGGGAUUCCUGCAUCAAUCCUCUGCUCCGUCCAGAGUUUCCCAGGAUCUAACCUGACAUGGAGACAUCUCGGUGUCACAUGUUCCAGCAACCAGCUGUGGCUGGAGUUUCCUCAGGAACCCCAGCAGGCUGGAGUCUACCAGUGUGUGGCGGAGAAUGAACACGGGACAGCGGAGAGAGCCAUCACCCUGACCACUGAGUAUGCCCCACGGAAUCUCUCAAUCACUUUUCCCAACAACGUAAACAAUUCCUGGGUGAAUAUGAAGGAAGGGAUUCCUACAUCGAUCCUCUGCUCCAUCCAGAGUUUCCCAGCAUUGAACCUGCCAUGGAGACAUCUCGGGGUCACACUGAACACAAUAAGUUUCAGCAGCCAGCUGUGGCUGGAGUUUCCUCAGGUGACACCCCAGCAGACUCGAGUCCAUGAGUGUGUGGCGGAGAAUGAACACGAGACAGCAGAAAGGGCCAUCACCCUCAGUGUGGAACUGUUUCCUCACCGCAGCAAAGUUCCCGUAGCCAUUGGUGACCAUCGCACCGAUCACGUCCUGGUUGCUGCUCAGUACCUGAAGAAUGCGUACUGA